AUGUCAUCUCCAUCACUGUCAUCUCCAUCAGAUCCAGAGCUUUACUGGACGAAACCCACACCUCACUCCCCAAACUCUAAACUCCCAGUCCUCGUCUAUCGAAACGUCCUUCCCGGAGACCACAGCGUCGAAUCAACUUCGAAAGCCUUUGAAGAUAACCAAUGGAGUAAAGGAGGAGUCUUCAAGCAUGUCCCUAUAGCACAUUUCCACUCAAAUACACAUGAAUGCUACGCGGCGAUCCGUGGUUCAACGAAAUGGGUAUGUGUGAGGCGCCUCUACGGUGUCGGGCCGUUGGACGACCAAUCGGCCGGCAUCACCUUUGACAUGAAAGCCGGCGACAUCGCUGUUCAUGCUGCUGGUGUAACUCACAAGAAUCUGGAAAGUAGUGAUGAUUACGAAUACGUUGGACUAUACCCAAAGGACGCACCGCACUGGGACAACAACCUUUGCAAAGCCGACACGGAUGAGACGAGGUUGAAAGCGGAGGCUGCGAAGGAAGUUGCAAUUCCUGACCACGACCCUAUCUAUGGACUUGAUGGGCCAUUGCCCAGGAUCUGGAAGAGUGUUACGUAG